GCUUUACGUGAGGGUCAGCUGCGAUAUUUGCUCAUUGAAGUGAUGCUCUACGCGCACGACGCUUCGGUGGCGUCUGGGGCUGAAAUGAAUGAAAGUUUCAUGGAGAAUGGUUCGUGUGCUUGUCACUUGGCUAGCGUGCUAACGACCAGCUGCAGUGCGGCCUAAAAGCUUCCUUCACUGUGCCGCUGCAAGUAUCCUAAGGAAAUGCCACUGCAGUUUCGCUCUUUUGUGCCCUACACACUGCCUGGAGUCCUUGCACUGAUUGGCUGGUGGUGGUACAUCUCUCGGAAGAAAGAGCGGGUUAUCAGCCAUGGCAGCCCAGAGGAAACUACCCCCACCAUGGGCCUUACAGUUUCCCUGACAGAGGGUAGUAAUGGUGUGAUUGAGAAAGACAUUGUAUCCCCCUUAGCUGAUACACCAUGUCCCACCCACAUCCUAUCUAAACACUUGUACCAGAGGACAGAAGAAGAAACAAUUUCCUACACUCAUCACCUGGGCACUGAGGCAUCAACUGAAACUGAAGCGCUUUCUGAAGAGGACUUGCCUCAAGUUGAUAGAAUAAUUGGAGAGGAAGUCCAGAAUCAUUCAACUCCAUCACCAUCUAGUGUGACAGAGAGCUUGCAUACAUCACUAAAAGUCAGUGAUGACCUUAAGGAAAUGCCGAGAUCUGCCGUGGUAUUGGGUCCUGAGAAAUGCAUGGACCCAGAUCAAACCUCCAUGUCAGAACCCACAGUAGAAGCAGUCGCUCUGAAUUAUCAGUCUACCAAGUCAACCAAAGUCUUCACCUCACCUUCAACAGAAAAUCUUUCCAGUGUUGAGAGGCCAGAGCCAGAAGGGGAGGUGUCAGUGCACCAUAGCAUGAUUGCUACAACAGAUGAAAUGGUUUGUACAGUCAGCCCAGCCAAAGCCCAGAGUGGAAUUGCACAAGAUGCAGGUCCUCUAGAGACCCCCCCGUCAACUGAAGGCUUCCAUCAGCACAUACUAACCAGCACGCCUACCUCCCCAGUCCUAACUGUAGUUCAGGACUUCACUACUCCAUCAGUGACCUCAGCAGACAUCCAGGCAAACACUACCCAUAGUGAGGAGCAGGAUUUGGAGCUUCUGGCAGCUGGAUUAAUAACUGAGGUCAUCUCGGCAGCCACCCAGGAGGUCCUUGGUGUCACCAGUUGCCAGGUCGCAUACAAUAGCCUACCUAGCUGCAGUAGCAGCAUAUCACAGACAAACAGCAAGCCAUGUUCCCAACAGGACCCUAGCACAACAGCACAGAAGUGUUACAUUGCACCAUUAAGUCCUUUGCAGUUAGGCAACGAAUCUCACGAAUUACAGACAACUCAGAAGGAAGAGCAAGGGACUCCAAAUGGAUGCUCUUUGGUUACAGUGUGGGAGACUGUUGAGGCUAGUCAGACACCACUAUCUCUCAAAGCUGAGCAAGGUGCUCCUCUCCUAAACAAGAAACUAAAAUCGGAUGAAGCGUCUACUCUGGCUGAGGACUCGGCCUGUAGUUCAUGCCACUCUGAUGGCAUUAGCAGUGAGGACCUCCAGAAUGGCAUAUUGGACAACCAGACUGAUGUGAUCCAGGUUACAAAUGUGUCAGCCAGAGAACCAGUAGUUGAAGCUGUUACCAGGGCAACAGUUGAGGCCAUAGGUGAAGAAAACUCAAUUAAUACUGUAUGUGAUAUAAAGAGGCUCACUGGAAUCGGCCAAAGGAAUGAUGCACAGGGGACAUGCGAAGUAGAGACUGACCAGUCUGGAGGCUCUGAUGUGAACAGUAUGGAUUCAGUGGACAGCGGCUGCACCAUGGGUGCUGGAGAGGGUCAGAGCAACCACACAGCACCUUCAAGCUCUGAGCUCAUCAUUUGGGAGAUUGAGGUACCAAAGCAUCUGGUCGGGCGGCUAAUUGGGAAGCAGGGGCGAUAUGUGAGCUUCCUGAAGCAGACCUCUGGAGCAAAGAUCUACAUUUCCACUUUGCCUUACACACAGGAGUUCCAGAUCUGUCACUUAGAGGGUACGCAACAGCAAGUUGACAAAGCCCUUUUGUUGAUCGGGAAGAAGUUUAAAGAUCUGGACUUGGCAAACCUAUAUGCACCGCAACCGCCUCCACUCUCACUGCCAUCUCUUCCCAUGACCUCCUGGCUUCUUCUCCCCAGUGGUGUGACAGUUGAAGUGAUUGUGGUAAAUAUCGUGUCAGCGGGUCAUGUCUUCGUCCAGCAGCACACCCAUCCCACCUACCACGCACUACGAAGCCUUGACCAACAGAUGUUCAUGUGUUAUUCCCAACCGGGCACGCCUGCCCUGCCCUCACCUGCUGAAGUUGGUGUGAUCUGUGCAGCUCCAGCAGUGGAAGGAGCCUGGUGGAGAGCCCAGGUCAUCACUUUUUACAAAGAAACAAAUGAAGUGGAGAUCAGAUACGUUGAUUACGGGGGAUAUGACAGGGUAAAGAUUGACACGCUACGGCAAAUAAGGUCAGAUUUUGUAACGCUCCCGUUCCAAGGUGCUGAAGUAUUGCUUGACAACAUCACUCCCCUUCCAGGAGAGGAUCGCUUUUCAGCAGAGGCUACGUCAGCGUUGGAGGAAAUGACCAGAGGAGUGGCAUUGCUUGCACAGGUGUCAAAUUAUGACAACAACACCGGUCUCCCUCUGGUCCAUCUGUGGAACAUGGUCGGGGAUGAGGUGGUUUCAGUGAACCGCACACUGGCUGAGAGGGGCCUGGGAGUUUGGGUGGAUGGAUUCUGAACUUGUCACACCCCACAACAGGUCCACACCCCGACCUACCCAUCAGCUGUCUGGGACCCGGUUCAUCAGGAGCACCACCCAACCUGGCAGACACACCACUGGAUCUAAGUGUUUCUUUAUAUAUAUGUUUUUUUUGUUUUGUUUUUUUUUUCCUGUUUGUCCAUUUCUUUGAAGAUUUUCAAAAUAAAUAGUUUCAGGCAUAAUCUGAGAAUGAAGCAAUGCUUCAUAUGUACCAAC